UUGGUUCAGCUCGAGCCCGAAACUGAACCGGGGUAACUGACUAAUUCGAACCGGCCUUACUUCAGUUGGUCCGAGUUCGCCGUUCAAAAUCCAAAGCGAAGCGGAUGAUUUUCGGUAGGCUCUUUUUCGUCCUAGCGUUACUUUGCCCCCAAAACAGAGCCAGCUGUUGAAUUGUUGGUUUCUACUCUCUAAAUUGGCGUAAAUAAGCGAUAAUAUGGCUUCCACAUUGUUCAGACACAUUCAAACCCAACCUCUAUUGCUAUAUCCCUCUGCAUUCUUUAGGAGAAAGAAUUUUGCUUUCUACUGCACUGUGAAAAACACCACGCAAAGUCAAACAGCUAGUCGAGAAAACCAGCGGAGUCCGCAAAUUAAAGUUUCACCACAAAAGCAGUCCAAAAACCUUGAUAAACUCACAAAAGAUUACGAGGCAAUCAUUGGUAUAGAAACCCAUGUCCAACUCUCUACUUUAACCAAGGCCUUCUGCGGCUGCCCAUAUAACUAUGGGGCUCCGCCAAAUUCCAGUAUCUGUCCCAUAUGCAUGGGUUUGCCUGGUGCUUUACCGGUGUUGAAUUCUAAAGUAAUUGAAUUUGCUGUGAGAUUAGGCCUUGCACUUAAUUGCAAGCUGUCUUUGAACUCAAAGUUUGAUAGAAAACAAUACUUUUACCCUGACCUUCCAAAGGGAUACCAGAUAUCUCAGUUUGAUGUACCAAUUGCAACCGGUGGUUACAUUGAUUUAGAUCUCCCUGUGGAAUUUGGGGGUGGACAUAGAAAGUUUGGCAUUACCAGGGUUCACAUGGAAGAGGAUGCAGGAAAGCUGCUGCAUUCAGGAAAUGGAAGUUACUCACAGGUUGAUCUGAAUAGGGCUGGGGUACCAUUGCUUGAGAUUGUUUCUGAACCUGAUAUGAGAAAUGGUAUUGAAGCUGCAGAAUAUGCAGCAGAACUACAGAGGGUGGUUAGGUAUUUGGGAGUGAGCAAUGGCAAUAUGCAGGAAGGUUCUCUUCGCUGUGAUGUGAAUGUCUCAAUUCGACCAAAUGGGCAACCAGAGUUUGGAACAAAGGUUGAGAUAAAAAAUUUAAACUCAUUUUCAUCAAUUAAUAGGGCCAUUGAUUUUGAGAUAUCAAGGCAAGUACACCUCCACAGUCAAGGCCAAGGUGAUUCAAUUGUACAAGAAACUAGACUUUGGGAAGAAGGUUCUCAGAAAACAGUUUCAAUGAGGAAAAAGGAGGGGCUUUCUGAUUAUCGAUAUUUUCCGGAACCGGACCUCCCAGAAGUUAUUAUCACAAAAGAUUAUGUUGAUAGUAUCCAGAAUUCUUUGCCAGAACUCCCAGAAAUGAAGCGACGGAGGUAUGAGAGCAUGGGCCUGAGCAUGCAGGAUGUUCUUUUCCUUGCAAAUGACAUAAGUGUUGCAGAUUUUUUUGAUGCAACCAUUGCAAAGGGUGCUGAUGUGAAGCUGGCUACCAACUGGAUAAUGGGUGAUAUUGCUGCCUACAUGAAAAAUGAAAAAGUGUCUAUAAAUGAGAUCAAACUUACCCCUCAAGAGCUAGCUGAGCUGAUUGCAUCAAUUAAAGGUGGCACUAUUAGUGGAAAGAUAGGAAAAGAGAUAUUGUUUGAGCUCAUAGCCAAAGGCGGAACUGUCAAGGGACUGAUAAAAGAAAAGGACCUUGUUCAGAUUGUGGAUCCUGCAGAAAUUGAGAAAUUGGUGGAUGUAGUACUGUCCGAGAAUCCAAAGCAGUUGGAACAAUACCGUGCAGGCAAAACUAAGCUGCAAGGUUAUUUUGCAGGCCAGGUGAUGAAAGUAUCAAAAGGUAAGGCAAAUCCAGCGCUUCUCAACAAGAUCCUUGUAGAAAAAUUAAAUGCCAAAAGUUGAAACUUCGCAUCUGGAGAACAUUAAUCUUGACCUGCUAGUGGGAAGCCACUGCUGAUCCAUGGCUUGAUUUUGUUGAUUGCAAGCAAUGUAAAAAUUUUUAGCUUGUGAGCCAUUAUCUUAACAGGAGAAGUAAAUUUCAAAACACAAGCAGACGUUGACAGCAUCUUGUUAUUGUUUAAUAAGUGGUAAGGAACAUCACUUAAUACAGAGACAGAGGCAGUUGGGAUUUGCCUGUAAUUUUAUUUUGCUGUUAAAAGUCAACAUUGAGCUGCAGUUUCUUGUUAUGCACUCAAAUGAAUUGAUGCCAUAUCAAUUUUGUAAUCUCUUUCCUUUUAGAUACUUUCCAUGUUAAAUUAUUUGAGGUGUUUUACUUUAGUUAA